AUGGCCUUUAGGUACGCUCCGCAUAGCCGAACGACCCCUGUGUGCUCGCAUCCUCGUAUCAUCCGCAUUAAAGGCAGAGUAACUGACGCCUCCAUCCCGUGGGAGCUCCCCAUAUUGCUAGGAUGGACUCCCGGGGGCCCUCGAGGGCCCAGUUCCAUGAUGGUGAGCGCCGCAGUGCGGUGCUUCUCCACCCGCCGUAAGACGGCGAAGGCCAUUGGGCAAUGGCAUCUGCAGCAAGAGGCUCGCCGGAAGGCCCUUCUUUACCAACACAAAGUAGAAAUGGGGCUGGCCAGUGUAGACUCAAGGAGCAGAAGAGAAGGCGACAGUCCAGCAGCCUCGCAGCCUGCACCGUAUCUGCCCAAGUACUGCUCCUCGCUUUCAGCCUUAGAGCCAGCCCUCGCGCCUCCCGCGUUGUUUCAGGCUGUGCACAUCACUCCUGAAAGCCCUACUCGCCGCAGCCUCCCAGUGGAGCUGCAGAGGGCCCGGAACCCUCGUCCUCUUGGCCGCAUUUUUUCCCUAAAAUCUACUGAGCUAGCCUCGGCUGUGCGGACUGCAGCAGCAGCGGAAGUAGCAGGCAAGGGAGUCGGUGCUACUGUGUGGAGCCAGCUGCAUGCGGCCUGCAUCAGACGAAGCCCCCACUUCUCGGCGGCUGAGGCUGCCCUGGUGCUGCACAGCUACGGGUUGGCGGGGCAUCAGGCGCUGCCUGUGCUGCGCUGCUGCGUACGUACACUGUUGCUCAAAUGGGGUGACGUUCGGCUUCUGGACGCGGCGAGGGCCCUUCACUCUUUGUUUGCUGUAUUCAAAAUACGAGAUACUCAACUGCUGCUGAGGUGUAUGAACAGUUUCGGGCCCCUCCUACGCAGAGACGCCGACCGGGCCCACAGGGGGCCCCUGCCCCCAGAGGAGGCCACCCAGCACUUCCUUACACUUGCGUUGCUCCUUAAGGCUUUCGCAGCAGCACAGCUGCCUUACAGCCCGCUGCUGAAAGCUGCGGCGGAGACCGUGAGGGCCCAGCUGCUGCUGCCGCAGGCAAAACCCCCAUGGGCCCCCCAUGAGGGUCUUCAGGGCAAAGAAGGGGCCCUCGGGUUGCGCGGCAAGCGCCAGAUAUUCUCCCUUCCAUUGGUGGGAGGCCCCAAGGGGACUUCACAGAGGACGCCGCCGUUUCCUCCUUCCCUUUUGGUUUCAAUUGUAGAGAGUCUCUCGCUCUUCGGAGUGAGGCAUGAGCCGCUGCUGCAGGCCUUUGAGUCUUUUGUCUCAGCUUCUAUUCCUAUGGGCCGCCGCGCUGUAGCUGCUGCUUCGCCGUUGCUCCAGGGCGCAGAAGUGGAGCCGCCGCAGCAGCUGGGGCCCCCAGUGCAGCGGCAGCAGCUAGAUCCUGCAGCCUCUUGGGGGCCCCCUCCUUAUCUGUACGCCAUAGGCAGGCUCGCCCGCACCAGCAACAUCACUUGCAGCCAGAGUGGUUGGCUAGCUGUGCCGUCCCCAGCUAGCCAAGCCCCAGCUGGCCAGGGUGGCUGGCAUUUGCGCCACUUAAGCCGCGCAGUGAGGGCUCUUGGACUCCUGGGGCGGACCAGUGGACUGCUAAUGGACCGGUGGGUGGCUGCGCUGCGUCAGGGGGCCCCCCAACUGCCUCCACAGGAUGUAGUGGGGGCCCUGGAGGCCUCCCGUGUCUGCGGUUUUUUCUGCCGGCCGCUACUGCAGCAGCUGCUGCGCUGUUUCGCCCGCAGGGCUGCAGACCGCUCGCUGCCCCUAGACAGCCACACCGUUCUAGCUGCAGCAACAGCAGCAGCAGGCCUCCCUCUGACUUGCCGGCCCUUUUGGGAGGCCAUAGAGGCCUCAAUCCGCCGCGGGCCUCUCUGCAGAGGGAUAGGAUUCAAUCAGCCUCAACAAAUAGGAGCCUCCCAGUCAUUGGGACCCCCCGAGUCACCAGGGGAGGCCCCUGGUGCUGACGGAAUCUCUAGGGACCUACCGAGCCACAGCGACGCGACAUUGACUGAGCUGCAGCCCGGUGCUGCUGCUGCUGCUGCAGCUGCUUCCUCGCAAGCUCUGUGGGGUGGGGAAGACCGGGAGGCGGGAUCGACUCCAGCAGACAGGGUCUCUGGAGUAGCAGAGGUGGAGGCGGGGAAGGCGGAGGCAGAAUUGGCUGUGGCCUUACUAGGAGCUAUUGCUGCUGCUGCACCUGCCCUACCUGUGGACCUCCUCGCUGCAGCAGCACCGACCCUGAUACGGCUGCAGCAGCGGCGCCUGCCCCUAUCUGCCUCCCUGACAGCAUUAGGCAACGCUAGCCUCCUUUGCUGCAGGGCAGAACUGGAAGAUAAAGUACAACGUGCUAGAAGGCAGCAGGACGCGCCCUCCAGCAGCAGCAGCUGUAGUAGUUGUAGCAGCAGCAGCUUGGAUGCACUGGUCACAGCGGCAGAGCUGGGGCAGCACUUGAAGCGCAGCAGCAGCCAGCAGGUCAAGUCCCUUCUGCUGUUGCAGCGCCGGCAGCUGGAGAGCCUGCGGGGAGCUGCAGUGCCACAAGAGGGAAAGGGGGGGGAUACGGGCUGGCACAAGCUGGUUGAGGGCCCCCUUGCAGGGGACUGGCAAGCUUUGGAAUUGUGUGUCUACGGCAUUUUGGUCGCCGGUCCCGCCACCGCUGCAGCGCCUGCUGCCCUCUUGCCAGAGAGGGAGGCUGAGGUGGAAACAGACCAGCGUGCUGCAUGUGUUGAGGCACUGGAGGUCUUGAACCACAUCAGAAGACUGGUGGUGGCGAGGAGGGACUGCUGCAAACUUGUCUUUGGCUCACUGGAGGAGGCUGUGGCCCUUCUCCACCUGGAGCUGCUGCCCUACUGCCCAGAUGCUGCACUCGCAGCAGCAGCAACGAGGCUGCUGCAGCAGCGGAAGCGUCUUGAACAGCAGCAGCCAACGAAGCCCAAUGCAAGAGGAGCUAUCGGCAACAGCAGCGUCAAGGGCAACAGCAUCAGCAACCGCCACAGCGGGAGCACCAGGAGCAGCAGUCUGCCCCAACACGCACGGGCUCCCGUCUCGAAUGCAGAAAGGGCCCUUUCGUGUUUGCCUUCUAAUAUGCUGGCCAGAGGCCCCAGGGAAACUGUUCCACGACCUCAGCAAAGUGGGACCUGUGACCCCCUCUGGGUACCAGCAGCGGAGUCCCUAGAGGUGAUUUUAAGCUGCUGCAGCAGCAGACUGGUGACAGCCCCCACUCCUUCUCUUUUGCACGCAUCUGUAGUCACGCUGAGGGCCCUUGCCCACCCCCGAAUGCUGCGGGGGCUCUUACGAGAGAUGGGGGAGGCCCAACUGCAAAGGGAGGCGAGCGCUACGGACUCGACGGCUGUGCUGCAGCUGCUAGAGCCCGAAGAAGCUAGUAGCGCUUCCAGCCACCCUUUUUCUCAUAUUGGGUCAGAGCGAGACCAGAAAACAUCCACUAUGAAGGAAGCAGCAGCUAGCCCAAAUCCCCGAGAGAUUACUGAGCCUUUAUCGGAAGUAGCACCAGCAGCCGCCUACAGCGAAAGUGUAUCAGUAGAGGACCAGGAGCUAGGAGCAGCUCUGCUGCUGGUGGAAAUCUGUCUCUUGGUUUUAAGUGUCUUGAGAGAGAGAGUGACGCAUUCCCUGCUGCAGGCGAACGAGCUCGCGCUGCUGGCUGCAGAGGCUCAGCAACUCCUCCGGCGGCUCACUGCCCCCAGAGACUCCUUUGAGGCUUCAGAGAAGCCACAGGGGCUUCAAGACGCGAUAAAUGACCCGCAGACGCAAACAGCUUCCCCACAAGGGCCCCCGCAGAGGCCUGGGGCACUUGAAGGAGUGGACGAGCCUCCGCCUGACGCUGCUGAAACUGUGCGCAACUUUUCAGAAGUAGGCAGCGGGGCUGUCGCGGCUGAUGAAAUCAACGGGGAGGGCCUUGGAGGCGCAGCUUGGGACAGCCUGCUGCAACUAGAGAGCGAACUGGCCGCGUUUUUGGGGUCCCUGGCAGACCUGUGGCGCACGAAGCCCUGUACUGUAUUCGCCGCGGGGCCUUCCAGCAGCUUUAGCGUUUGCAUGAAGUUGGGGCUGUUGGGUACUGGUUUGGCUGCUACAGCAGAUUCUUUGGCCUCUGCCCGCCACCGGGAGCAUCUGCGGUCCGUGGCUUCUACUGCUGGGGUCCCACUUCCAGCCACCGCAGGAACAGAAAUUGGAGAAGAGGCACUGCGCACUGCAGCACUCGUAGAGGCUCUUUGCCCUGCCGUUUAUACUCCAGAGGGGCUGCGCUGGCUACGGAGCCGAGCCAGGGGUCGCAGUGCCGAUUGGUCGCAGACUAAUGCGCGCCCAGAUUUCUUUUUCUUGUUUCCAUUGAGGCCAGUCGAUGCCGAUGCCUAUCUUUACAGAGCGCGUGCAGGUGCAACACAAGAGACGACUACUGAAGGAAAGAGCAGUGGAAACGCAGGUGCUUUUGCUGCAAAUGCACCUGAAGCAGCUGCAGCGCUAUCAUCAAAGCCAGUAUCAGCAGCAAUUCACGGACCAGAUUGUGAUGCUGGCACCAUGGGCAGUUUUCUCGGUGUGAUAUCUGCGAUGGAAGAAGAUGAUCAGGAAGGAGAACACCGAAGAGAGAGGCCCUCAGCCGCUGCUUUGCUAAAACAAAAAGAGCACCGCGACUUGGCGCUAAUGUGGCUGUCGCAGCUCAUGAGGUGCUGCGUAGCCCUACACUAG